AUUUUCAGGCACACAAGGCACCUCUUGACGGGUUUUCAAUAAGUGAAGAGGGCGACGGUGCGAGGGACCUGGUUUUUUUUCCUUUUUCCAUUGAAAUUUUCGGUGCGGUGGAUGCUGAAAUUGUAGUGGGCCGUGGGUGCGCACGCGAUAAAAAACCGUACGAUGCUCGUGGAAAUACCGUCGCGAGUUGACGCGUAACAGUCUGGUCGGUCGGUUCCGGCAAAAAUGAAAGAAGCUCGUCGGUCCGAGCAGCUGAUGGCGGCCGAGUGCUGUUCGAGCCUCUGUGUCGUCCCCCAUCACGGCGUUUAAGUGAGUGUGUGCGAUCGGCUGCGCGUACGGAGUGCGGCUACCUCGUGCGGUACGAGAAAAAGAUAAUCCUGGUGGAAGAUAGAUUUUACGCGGCGAGAGGACCGCCUCCUAGACGGGUCUACCGAGCUAUUUCGUAACGGUGCUUCUUCUCUCGCGCGACUCCUCGGAAUCCGACACGCAGGCAGGCAGACAGGCAAACAAGCAAGAAAGCAAGCAAGCGAGCGAGCAAGCAAGCAAGGAAGGCAGACAAGCAGUUAGGCAGGCAGGCAGCAGGCACGACACGGUGACGCGUAAUCCACAGUACGACCAGCGAGAAGAGACACGGUGUACCGCUUCUCUGUGCUACACGGUGUAGGUGGGAGCAUUCGACGUACGACGACGGGGCGUGCGUUCGCGUGUGACAACGCCUAACAAGCGAUCGCGCCCCUUUGCUCGCAGACCCGAUACACAACGACGUGUGCCGGCCGCAAUUACUUUACGAAUUUUUGUUCUCGGACUCGUCGUGAACUUGAUGGAUCUCGUCGAUUGAGCAAGUCACCCUCCCCCCAGACACACAACUAACACGUUGUCCCCGUUAGACACGGAUAAAUAUCCUCCUCGUGCUAUGCACGCACGACCAUUAAGUUUCACACCUCUCUGGCUCAGGAACGUCUGAACAUGAGUUCAUCCUCUUCUACGCGGAAUGCGGCCUCCUCGGGGUGGAUUCAACCCUCUUUAGUCGCGUCCAGCGCCGGUAAAGGGCAGCAGAGGCUGGAACGUAUAUCCAACGUUCAACUUCCCUCCAGCUCUCACGGUGCCUCUGCUAAUACCAACAUGUCGACUGGGACCAUCGUGGACCUGAUAGAUCCCUUCACCAAGAAAUCUCACAAGAAGAAGUCCAAGAAGUCGCAGGGAUCAUCGCGCUACCGUAACUCUCAGGAUGUUGAACUACAGCAGUUACCGCAGCUCAAAGAUGUCCCACCAUCAGAGCAAGAAGAAUUGUUUAUCAGAAAGCUACAACAAUGCUGUGUGACAUUCGAUUUCAUGGACGCGACAGCUGAUCUUAAAGGUAAAGAAAUUAAACGUAGUACACUUAAUGAACUGGUCGAAUACAUCACAGCUGGCCGGGGAGUCCUCACAGAGCCUGUCUACCCGGAGAUCAUUAAUAUGAUUUCUGCAAAUCUGUUUCGCACAUUACCACCUAGUGAAAAUCCGGAUUUCGAUCCAGAAGAGGACGACCCAACACUGGAGGCGAGUUGGCCACACCUUCAGCUAGUUUACGAAUUCUUUCUACGUUUUCUUGAAUCGUCAGAUUUCCAACCUACGGUUGGAAAAAGAGCUAUCGAGCAAAAAUUUGUUCUACAGUUAUUGGAGCUGUUCGAUUCUGAGGACCCUAGGGAAAGGGAUCUGCUGAAAACAGUUUUGCACCGUAUUUAUGGAAAGUUCCUUGGCCUUAGAGCCUUCAUACGCAAACAAAUCAACAAUAUCUUUUUGAGGUUUGUGUAUGAAACGGAACAUUUUAACGGUGUUGGGGAACUUCUUGAAAUUCUGGGUAGCAUUAUAAAUGGAUUUGCUCUUCCCUUAAAAGUCGAGCACAAGCAAUUUCUGGUUAAGGUGCUGCUGCCACUACAUAAAGUGAAGUGCUUAUCAUUAUAUCAUGCACAAUUAGCUUAUUGUGUGGUACAGUUUCUUGAAAAGGACGCUACCCUAACAGAACCAGUUAUACGAGGCCUCCUUAAGUUCUGGCCUAAAACGUGUAGCCAGAAGGAGGUAAUGUUCCUUGGAGAAAUUGAAGAAAUUUUGGAUGUCAUAGAACCUAGCCAAUUUAUUAAAAUACAGGAACCUUUGUUCAGGCAAAUUGCACGUUGCGUGUCUUCACCGCACUUUCAGGUUGCUGAGAGAGCAUUAUACUUUUGGAAUAAUGAAUACAUAAUGUCUCUAAUUGAGGAAAACAAUCAUGUUAUAAUGGGAAUUAUGUUCCCGGCAUUGUAUAGAAUUAGCAAGGAACACUGGAAUUCUACAAUUGUAGCCCUUGUUUAUAAUGUUCUUAAAACAUUUAUGGAAAUGAAUAGUAGGCUCUUCGAUGAACUUACUGCCAGCUAUAAGUCUGAAAGGCAAAAAGAAAGGAAGAGAGAAAAGGAGAGGGACGAAAUGUGGAAGAAACUGAACGAAUUGGAGGUAGUACAACGUAAUGCUCUUACAGCGACCUCCAGUUCCUCCAACCCUCCAGUUCCUGCCACUACCGCACCUGCGACACAAGCCCGCCCCUGAGCUGGUGGAAGUACACUACCACGCUGCCCGAUCAUUAGUCCUUAGUUUACGUCGAUUGUCCAUAUACUACAUGCAAAAAAUUACUGUUGUUAGCAAAAGCAAAGUGUCCCACAAAUGGCAUUCUUGACGUAAUCGUAAUUCCUUUUUAAUUAGUUUAACCGCCCGAAAAACGGGGGCGCGAGCGGAGAAGAAAGAAAGAAAAAAAAAGUCUGCGGAGGAAGCAGUGAUAUUCACGAUAUUGUUCAUUGAUAAUGAUGAUGAUGAUAAUGAUAAUGAUAAUGAUAAUGAUGAUAAUGAUGAUGAUGAUGAUACGAUGAUACGAUGAUGAUUGAUGAGUUCUAAUAUUUUUAUUGUGUACAUUAAUUUUCCACGUUUCUUUUUUUUCCUUUUUUCUUUGACAGCAAUGAUUUCAGUUGUAUAAUGUACUCAGUGUCAGCACAUAAUACUAGGAUGUUAGUCCCUUCUUAACCCUAUAAGGUUCAGCUGUGCUCGGUAGGAGGAGAUGAUCAAGGUGUAAAUUCGAGUAUAGAUGAUGUAUAUCGUUAUAAUGUUAAUUUUUUGCAUGUGACAUUCGCGCUUCGGUUAUUAAACGGCUGAGUGUCCUAUCA